AUGAGUUCAGAUUAUAUAUUUAGCCAGAUUAGAGAAUCCUCGGAUGUAGGUGUUUUUUCGAUCGGUCUCUGCCUUGAUGUUAUUGAUAAAUAUUGGUGGGGAGUACUCAUUGAGGUAAUUAUCUUCUUUAUCACUUUCUCGAUCAUUGGAAAUUUGUGCGAUGAAUUUUUAGUUCCUAGUCUUGAAAUUAUGAGUGUCAAGCUGAAGCUUAAGGAAGAUGUAGCUGGAGCUUCGUUUUUAGCCUUUGGUGCCUCGGCCCCUGAAAUUGUCAUUAGCAUUAUUACCACAAUCCAGGGAGGUGACAACGUGGAUCUUGGUGUUGGAUCCAUCAUUGGAUCUGGAAUGAUUGGAUUGAUGCUAAUUCCUGGUGUUUGCGGACUUGCUACAAAGCGUGAUUUGGAGUUGAAACGUCGUCCUCUGACGCGAGACGUUAUUUUCUAUUUGUUUUCUCUUGCCGGACUGGUUUAUUUCCUCUGGGAUGGAACGAUCUACCCCCUGGAAGGAAUUUAUCUGAUGCUCAUCUAUGUUAUCUACAUUGCCAUCCUUAUCUUCGCCCCCAUGGUUCGCCGUCAAUACCGAAUCAAGAAGAAUUUAAUCGACCCGAACGUUACGACAUCGUUUAUCACUCAGGAAGGGAUGGACAGCGACGACGAGCGAGCGUAUGAACCAAUUGACGAGCGAGCGGAUCUUACUCAGGACAUCGCGAUGGAAGUGGCUUGGAACCCCAUCGAUUCAAACGUUCCGCUGUCUCCGAUGCUUCGUGUCCGCGCUUCCAUUUCGAGAUUUUUGUCGAAGGUGGGAUCUGUGUACCGCUCGUACAUCGAGUUCCCUAUUUCCUGGUUCUUUAGCCACGUGAUUCCCAAAUGCGAGCACGGAACAUCCACCGAGAAUCUCUUUGUAAUCACAUUCCUUUUGUCGAUCUUCUGGGUGGCCUUGGUGACGUUUGUGAUGAGCGCAGUGUGCCAACGUUGGGUUGCUUUAGUGGAGAAUCUGGGCAUGAUAUCCUUUAAUAUAUUUCUUUUAUUUUGAUUUUUUGAAUUUCCAAGUCGAAAAGAAUCCUUAACUGCACUCUCCUAGUGUGGGAACGCUCGUGGGAAUGGUGCUCAUCGGUCUUGGAGCGUCCAUUGCUGAUGUGAUGCAGUGCUACACCGUGUCGCGAAAAGGCUAUGGAUCGAUGGCUAUCUCGAAUAGCGUGGGAUCCCAAAUUCUUAACAUCUGUGUGGGUCUGGGAUUGCCGUGGACGAUUAAGGGA